UAUUGUCCGUGCUGCCACUAUGCUCACGGGAUAACUCAUCUAAAAAGAGAAAAAAGAAACCAGCACAGAACUAGGUUAGCCUCCGACCAUGGCACUCACUUUGCCACUGUCACCAUCUUUAAUUUCAGCAAUCAAACAUAUAAACUUCAAUCUACCCCCCAAUUCAUUUUCUCUUUACAACCAGAAACCCACCAACAAACUCUUCAAUUCGAGGACCCUUUUCUCAAACCCCAUCUUCUCAACAAGAGUUCAAGCACUCAAAUCUGAUGGUGCUGGUUGGAAGAAAAGAGGUAAAGAAUCAUACAGUGACAGUGAUGAUAGCGACUAUGAAGAUGACACACCAAAAGAAAAUGACCCUUAUGUUAUGACUCUUGAAGAGAGACAAGAAUGGAGAAGAAAAAUUAGACAGGUUAUGGAUAAGAAACCUCAAGUUCAAGAGGUUGUAGACACCGAGGAAAAGAAGAAGAAAAUGCAAAAGCUAAUUAAUGAUUACCAACUUGUUGUGGAAGAAGAGGAUCCUAAUUGGCCUCAAGAUGCUGAUGGCUGGGGAUUUAGCCUUGGGCAGUUUUUCGACAAGAUUACCAUCCAAAAUAAAAAGAAGGAAGAUAAUGAUGAUGCCGAGGACGAUGAUGUUGAUGAUGAUAAGCCAAUAGUGUGGCAAGAUGAUAAUUACAUUCGUCCUAUCAAAGAUAUGAAGGCUGAGGAAUGGGAUGAAACUGUGUUCAAAGACAUUAGUCCUUUGAUUAUUCUUGUGCACAAUCGUUAUAGAAGGCCAAAGGACAAUGAAAAAAUUCGAGAAGAACUAGAGAAGGCUGUGCAUAUCAUAUGGAACUGCAGAUUACCCUCACCAAGAUGUGUGGCACUUGAUGCUGUUGUUGAGACUGAAUUAGUUGCUGCACUUAAAGUAUCGGUUUUCCCAGAAGUUAUCUUUACUAAAGCAGGGAAGAUUUUAUUCCGUGAUAAAGCAAUUCGUAGUGCAGAUGAGUGGUCAAAAAUCAUGGCCUUCUUUUACUACCGUGGAGCCAAACCAUCAUGUUUGACUAACAUUCCAGAUUUCCAGGAAAAUAUUCCUUCUUUUACCAUUGAUAAUCCAGUAUCCUGAAAAAUUGAAGAGCUCGAAGUUUAUACUAAGCCAUAUCGCGGAAGUAUUUCCAUCUAGCGUUCUGUCAUUGUGUAAAAUAUGCAAGGAAGUGAAUGCAUAGCUCCGUUGACUGCAGUGCAUACAAUAUGAUAAAUAACUGCAAGAAAUUCCUGCAAUGGGCUGUUUGAUGUGUGACCGUGGAAGCCAUCAUCACCUUAGGCUUGGCUUGGUGGGUUAAAAGAAAAAUGGAAUGUCGAAGAUGAAUCUUCAUUUGCAAAUUGCGAGUUAAAUCAAAAAAUACUUUGAGCCUUGUGCAUAUUUAGAAAGUACAGAUAUCAUUUGUAGUGGACUAACUUAAGAUUCGUGGGGGAUUAUGAGUAAUGUCAUCUGUGUGCAUCAAGAAGGCUCUCUCUGAGGUUGAUGAUGGUGACUGUCAGAGGCAUCAGCAUUUUUGUAGUAGGAAGUAGUGUUAUGUUAAUUUCAUUUUUCACGUGAACCUUGAAUAUUGCUAUAUUUAAUGUAAAUGUUUUUCUUUAUCUUACUGGAAAAUA